AUGGCGGCACUUGUUGAUGACAGGAUUCCGCCGGAGAUGGACGACGCAGCUUCCCAGUUUCGCCCGCGGAGACAUGACGAUGACGAUGAUGCUUCCGGAGACGACGAUGUAGAGAGCACAACUAGUGCUCAGGCAGCCGACAACAAGAAUCAUCAGGGGCAUUUUGAGGAGGAGAAGGAACUCCCGCCACAUGCAUGCGCGUAUUGCGGCAUUCAUAACCCGAGCAGCGUAGUCAAGUGCCUGGCCUGCAGCAAGUGGUUCUGCAGCGCCCGCGGUAACACCUCGUCCUCCCAUAUUGUCAAUCACCUCGUUCGGGCCCGCCACAAGGAAGUUCAGUUGCAUCCGGCCUCAUCGCUUGGGGAUACGAUAUUGGAAUGCUACAAUUGCGGGACUAAGAACGUGUUCCUGCUUGGAUUCAUUCCGGCCAAGUCUGACACGGUCGUCGUAUUGCUAUGCCGUCAACCAUGCGCCGCUAUGCCAUCUUCUAAGGAUAUGAACUGGGAUACCUCCCGCUGGCAACCGUUGAUUGAAGACCGUUCGUUCUUGCCAUGGCUGGUUGCUGCGCCGUCCGACCAGGAACAGCUCCGCGCUCGCCACCUCAGUCCGCAGUUGAUUGCUAAGCUGGAAGAGAUGUGGAAGGAAAAUUCUCAAGCGACUUUCUCGGAUUUGGAGAAGGCCACGGCUGUGGACGAUGAGCCAGCACCUGUGCUUCUGCGUUAUGAUGAUGCUUUCCAGUAUCAGAACAUUUUUGGGCCUUUGGUCAAGAUCGAGGCCGACUAUGACCGCAAGUUGAAGGAAUCCCAAUCGCAGGAUGGACUGAUCCAUCUGGCUAGCUUCAUUUUGCCUAAGCUUGAACUUGGCGAUGUUAAAUUGGCCGUGGGAGAUGAAAUGCGCCUCAAGUAUACCGGCGAACUGCGGCCCAAAUGGGAAGGAGUUGGAUAUGUCAUUAAAAUUCCGAACAACCAGUCCGAUGAAGUGACGAUUGAGUUGCGCGCAAAGGGUGAUCAUAAGUCUGUGCCUACAGAGUGCACGCACAAUUUCACAGCUGACUACGUCUGGAAGUCUACAUCAUUUGAUCGUAUGCAGCUGGCUAUGAAAACAUUUGCCGUGGAUGAGAUGAGUGUGUCUGGUUACAUUUUCCAUCGCCUUCUCGGACACGAAAGACCAUUGAGUUUGAUUCAAGGACCUCCGGGAACAGGAAAGACUGUGACCUCGGCUACGAUCAUCUACCAUCUUGCGAAGAUCAACGGUGGUCAGGUGUUGGACGUUGAAUCGCCGGUUGGCUUCUUGUCCUUGCACGAACAACUCAAUCAGCUCAAGGCCGAGCUUGGAGAGUUGUCCAGUCAAGAUGAGAAACGACUGAAACAGCUAACCCGCUCGGCGGAGCGCGAGAUCUUGAAUAACGCCGACGUUAUCUGCUGUACUUGCCUCAAGUUCCGUACCGUCCUGAUUGACGAAUCGACCCAGUCGGCUGAGCCAGAAUGUAUGAUUCCCUUGGUUCUCGGAUGCAAGCAAGUAGUCCUUGUCGGCGAUCACCAGCAGCUGGGACCUGUCAUCAUGAACAAGAAGGCAGCCAAGGCUGGUCUUAACCAGUCACUCUUUGAACGUCUCUACCGUAUGCACCCGUGCCUGUCGGAGUUCCCGUCGAACAUGUUCUAUGAAGGUUCUCUACAGAACGGUAUCUCUUCGUUUGAGCGUCUCCGCCGUGAUGUCGACUUCCCCUGGCCCAUUGCCGAUAACCCUAUGAUGUUCUGGUCGAACCUGGGUAACGAGGAGAUUUCGGCGUCCGGAACCUCUUACCUUAACCGCACUGAAGCCACGAACGUGGAGAAAAUUGUCACCCGCUUCUUCAAAGCUGGAGUGCAGCCCCAGGACAUUGGUAUCAUCACUCCUUAUGAGGGUCAGCGCAGCUACAUUGUUAGCUCUAUGCAAGCUAAUGGCACCUUUAAGAAAGAGCAUUACAAGGAGAUCGAGGUGGCUUCGGUCGAUGCCUUCCAGGGUCGUGAGAAGGACUUCAUUAUCCUUUCUUGUGUGCGUUCCAACGACCACCAGGGUAUUGGUUUCUUAAGUGAUCCUCGCCGUCUCAACGUCGCUCUCACUCGUGCCAAGUAUGGCCUGGCCAUCCUUGGAAACCCGAAGGUCUUGUCGAAGCAUCCUUUGUGGAACUGUCUCCUGCAGCAUUUCAAGGAAAGGCACUGCCUGGUUGAGGGACCCUUGUCUAACCUGCAAGAGUCUUUGAUCCAAUUCAGCCGACCUAAGCAGGCAUACCGGGGUCCCCAGCGGUUCCAGAUGGCCUACAACCAUGCUUCUAAUGUUACCAGCGGGUUGAUGAAUGGAAGGAACGGUCAGCGCAAUGACUUCCAUGACACUGGCUCAGUGGUUGGUUACAUCCCCGAUGAUGUCUCUUCCGUCCACUCCUCUGCCCUGGGUGGGGUUGGCAUACCCUCUGGUUAUCCUCCCAUGUUCCAGAAUUUCGCGGACGCGUGGCCCGCUCUUCCCGGAGCCCGUCGGGCCAAUGGUAACCGUAUGAAGGGAGCACCUAGCAUUGCCGGAGAAUCUGUGGCAGCCACCGAGUCCGAUGUUACUGGAAGCAUCAUUGAUGGGAAGAGCGUCGACCAAGGUGGUGUCAGCCUUGCUGGCUUGAGCAUCAACGAUAUGGGCAAGCAGCCCAGUCUCAGUCAGUCCGAUCGGCUGAAGCGCUACGUGGAAUCCGGAGGCCGGGAGCCUUACAAGCCCGGAGUUCCCGAUAACGGCAGCAUUUUUGGCGGAAGCUCUGCUAGCAUUCGUGUCACUCGUGGUGUGCCAGGCCACAUUCACGAUGACGAUGAUACGCGCAGUGUUUCGACUGCAUUCGCCAGUCAGGUUGGGGGCAACUAUGAUUGA